CGGCGGCAGGGGCGGUCGCUGCCGCCCGAGGAGAGGCGCCCGGCGGCGGCAGGGGGAGGUGGCCGCUGCCGCCUGAGGAGAGGCGCCCGGCGCCGCGCUGGCCGCUUGGCCUGUGCUGGGCCUUUCUAGGUGCGCACCGCGGAGCGGUGUCACGGUGUCUCCGCGUCGGCCUCCUCUGAGCCCUCCUCCGCCGCCUCCCGUAGGGGGGUGACCAAGCAAAGAAGUGAUGAACAUCAUCUGGGGUCUGAAGUUGCCAUGCAGGAGCUGUGUUUUCUUUCAUCUGGUUUCUUUGAGCAAGCAGGGGAAGUGCAAUAAUGUCUACAGAUCUUACGCAGGAUAUUGCCGAACUCAGGCCCCUUUUACACGAGAUAAAAGUCAGAGGCUAGAUUUAAGUGGAAGUGCUAGAAACUCUGCUUUGACUGGAAACCCUGACUGCUAUAAAACCUUCAUCAGUGAAGGACAGAGAUGUCUUUUGAAUGUCUCAAACACAGAAGUGCACAAGAAUGCACACCACAGUUUGGGAAGAUUUUGCUUCCGUUCUCCUUGGACACAGUGGAAGAAGACUCCAUCCUUCCAGAAUAAUUCUGCAGGGCAACGACACCCACAGCCUCUUUCUUCUUGGGACAUUCAGGUCUUCAGAUAUUUUCACACAUCGCCAUCGUUUCAGGCUGCACCAGUUCCUCUUUUCUGGAUUAUUAUUAAGCCAGCUCAAAAGCUGCUUGCUAUCAUUCUUGGCAGGAGCAUAAGAAAUUGGUGGAAGGCACUUCCUCCUAAUAAACGGGAACUUGUGAAACAAAGUGCAAGAAAGAAUAAGUGGAAGAUACUCCUGGGUGUCAGUAGCUUAGGAGUUCUAUUUGUCAUAUUUUAUUUUACUCACUUAGAGGAGACACCCAUGACUGGGCGUCCUCGGCUGUUGGUGUUUGGAAAAGAGCAUUUUAGGGAACUGUCACAGAUGGAGUACGAUAUGUGGAUGGAGGAAUUCCAAAGUAAAAUGUUACCUGAGACAGAUACACGCUACCAGGUGGUGGAGACAGUUUUGGGGCACUUAUCUGAAAGCAAUAAGGACAUCCCACGGAUCUCAGCCCUCCAGUGGGUUAUCCAUGUGGUAGAUGAACCAGAUAUAAAUGCUUUUGUGCUUCCUAAUGGUCAAGUGUUUGUUUUCACGGGCUUGCUAGAUGCGGUUUCUGAUGUUCAUCAGCUGUCUUUCAUUCUGGGACAUGAAAUAGCUCAUGCUGUGCUGGAGCACGCAGCAGAAAAAGCCAGUCUGGUUCACUUGUUGGAUUUUCUGUCACUCAUCUUUCUCACUCUGAUUUGGGCCAUCUGUCCUCGUGAUAGUCUGGCAGUUGUUGGCCAGUGGAUUCAGAGUAAGCUGAAGGAGUUUGUGUUUGCCAGGCCAUACAGCAGAAUACUGGAGGCUGAAGCUGAUAAAGUGGGACUUGAGCUUGCAGCAAAGGCAUGUGUGGAUGUACGAGCAAGCAGUGUGUUUUGGCAACAGAUGGAAGUAGCCAGAAACAUUCAAGGGGAGCCCAAGUUACCAGAGUGGCUCUCCACGCACCCCUCUCAUGAAAACAGAGCUGAGCACCUAGACCGGCUUAUCCCAGAGCUUCACAGAAAUCUUCUGUUACAAAGCUUUCCACCUGAAAGACUUUAUUAAAUGAGGAAAAUCAAGAUUCCACAGUUUGGACUGAGUCAGACCUGCUGAGGUAAUCACAGUUCAUACCCAAGAGAAUACAACCCUUGGCCUGGUUUGAGGACCGGAGCAUGACCUGCCUUUUGUACUGAGAGGUCUGACAGCCACGGGGUAGAGUGCACUUCAAAGAGACUGUAAGGGGUGGAGAUGCAGCUUAAAGUUAACCUGGUGUCUGUGACAGUGGUGAAGGAUUAGUACUGAGAGCUGCAAAUGACUUCUUACCAUGUUUGUCUCUGCUGGUAGGCUUCAUAUGAAAACGAGAGGAUGAGGCAGACCUCCCAAAUUCUUACUUCUUCCCCCAUGUCCCAGCACGUUGCAGGUGGUGAUUGCAGUUGUAUUGAUAUGAAAAAGUUCUUCACUUGAAAACAAAAGUUUUGAUACUGUGUUUGAGAUUGUCUGAAUCAAUAAGCAUGCAGGUGACUUUUCACUCUGAGCAGAAGUACUUCUCUCUGAAGGUUAACCUGAAAAGAGCAGCAUUAGUGUACUCUCACUUCCCAGGUGGAUUUUGGUGCUCCCUCUAGCUUAGUAAAUCUUGUCUCAGAUCUGUCCAUCUUCUUUAUUGAGAACACUGUUCAGCAAAAACAGCCAAUGAAUCAUGUCCUUAUUAUAAUGUCAAUAGGCAUGUGCUUCAUUAAUGCCUUUACUUGUCUCCUUACCCAAACUGUCAAAAACCAAUUUACUUGAGCAAUAUUAAAUGUGUGGAUUCAAA